CAGUUCAGCCAAAAUAGAAAAUCUCUCACCAUUUAUUCACCCUUGUGUCUUCCCAGAUGUGUGACUUUCUUCUGCUAAACUCAAAUGAAGAUUUUUUUUAAGAAUAUUUCAGCUUUGUACGUCCAUAGUGAAUGGUGAUCAGACCUUUGUAGCUCCAAAAAUCACAUAAAGGAAACAUAAAAGUAAUGCAUGUGACUCCAGUGGUUAAAUUCAAGUCUUCAGAAGCAAUAAGAUAGGUGUGGGUGAAAAAAAGAUCAAUGAUCAGAAAGGAUGAUCCUGACAUCCAAGUGCAGAGACAAUGAUCUGAUAUUUAUUUAACAACACAGCAAUGCUGGUAAAACUUCAAAUGGGGGGAACCCUGGCAGAGAAUGAUGGGGUGUUCAUAGGCUUAAAUCCUCGAGGAAUCCAGAGAGAGAGUAAUAUGUGCGUAGGCUUGUGUGUGUAGUGGUCGUGUAGUGUAGAUCCUCGUGGAAUCCAGAGAGAGUAAUAUGUGCGUAGGCUUGUGUGUGUAGUGGACGUGUAGUGUAGAUCCUCGAGGAAUCCAGAGAGAGUAGUAUGUUCAUAGGCUUGUGUGUGCAGUGGUCGUGUAGUGUAGAUCCUCGAGGAAUCCAGAGAGAGUAAUAUGUGCGUAGGCUUGUGUGUGUAGUGGUCGUGUAGUGUAGAUCCUCGAGGAAUCCAGAGAGAGUAGUAUGUUCAUAGGCUUGUGUGUGCAGUGGUCUUGUAGUGUAGAUCCUCGAGGAAUCCAGAGAGAGUAGUAUGUUCAUAGGCUUGUGUGUGCAGUGGUCGUGUAGUGUAGAUCCUCGAGGAAUCCAGAGAGAGUAAUAUGUGCAUAGGCUUGUGUGUGUAGUGGUCGUGUAGUGUAGAUCCUCGAGGAAUCCAGAGAGAGUAGUAUGUUCAUAGGCUUGUGUGUGUAGUGGUUGUGUAGUUUAGAUCCUCAAGGAAUACAGAGAGAGUAGUAUGUUCAUAGGCUUGUGUGUGUAGUGGUUGUGUAGUUUAGAUCCUCAAGGAAUACAGAGAGAGUAAUAUGUUCAUAGGCUUGUGUGUGUAGUGUAGAUCCUCGAGGAAUACAGAGAGAGUAGUAUGUUCAAAGGCUUGUGUGUGAAAUAGUCGUGUAGUGUAGAUCCUCAAGGAAUCCAGAGAGAGUAAUAUGUUCAUAGGCUUGUGUGUGUAGUGGUCGUGUAGUGUAGAUCCUUGAGGAAUCCAGAGAGAGUAAUAUGUUCAUAGGCUUGUGUGUGUAGUGUAGAUCCUCGAGGAAUCCAGAGAGAGUAAUAUGUUCAUAGGCUUGUGUGUGUAGUGGUUGUGUAGUUUAGAUCCUCAAGGAAUACAGAGAGAGUAAUAUGUUCAUAGGCUUGUGUGUGUAGUGGUCGUGUAGUGUAGAUCCUUGAGGAAUCCAGAGAGAGUAAUAUGUUCAUAGGCUUGUGUGUGUAGUGUAGAUCCUCGAGGAAUACAGAGAGAGUAGUAUGUUCAAAGGCUUGUGUGUGAAAUAGUCGUGUAGUGUAGAUCCUCAAGGAAUCCAGAGAGAGUAAUAUGUUUGUAGGCUUGUGUGUGUAGUGGUCAUGUGCAGAGCAGUUCUGGUGCAGAGAGGUAUCACUGAGGAGAACUCAGGAGAUGUGUCAAAGGAGGUGAGGCAAACACAAUCCCGGUGCACACAUCUCAGACUUGUAACCAAUACAGAGUACACGUAACAGAAUCUACUAGGGCAAGGGAGAGAGUGGUAUGCAACAGGACUCAAACAAAAAUCAAGCGAUGAACACAAAACAGAGAACAAAUGGCGAUCAGGUGCCACUCACUCGCAGCAAGCUGGAAUUAUCAGCGUUGCCAUGGAAGACUUGAUUUGUUCUAUGGCUUACGCGAGCCAGCGACACCUGAACCAAACAGAGAGAACGUGUAAUGACAAACUGGAACACACAAGACCAUGACAUCAAUAUUUGUGUCCUUUUUUACUCUAAAUCUCCACUUUCACUUUUUACAUCUUAACGAAACCUGUGGUGUAUGUUUAGUUUCACUUUUAAAUCCGCUAGAUUUAGGGUAAAAAAGGACUUUUGUGAGAAAAUAAAUCUGAUUCUCACCCACACCUAUCAUAUUGCUUCUGAACAUAAAAAAUUAAUCCCUGGAGUCUUAUGAAUUACAUCAAAUUACCUUUAUUUGAUUUUUGGAGCUACAAAGGUCUGAUCACCAUUCACUUGCAUUUUAUGGACCUACAGAAUUUUCAUUUUUGGGUGAACUAUCCCUUUAAAGAAAAUAUUAAGAGACUAGACAGGAACCAGAAUGGGAAAAAGAGUGUGACAAAUGCACACUCACUAGCAUUACACCCCACGCCACUGAAAGGACACUAACAAAGCAGUUUGUCACAAAUGUUUCCAAAAAACUACUGGGGUGUAAAUAGCCUCCUAUAUGGUAGGUUUCCAAUAAAAACAAAAUUAUAUAUAAUGAUUCAAAUUAUAAUUGAAAAUAUAAAUGAUAAUAUUUAUUAUAAAUAAUUCAGAUUGCAAAGUAUUGCAUUAUUGUAGCAGGCAAGUAAAGCAUUGAUUAGACAAUGCCAAAAGUGGCUUUAGAAGGAAAUAUAUUCAAUAUUUUAUUACCAUAUCAUUGAACAUUAGCCUACAGUCAAAAGCAAUCCAUUUUGUAAUUACAUUCUUCACUAUGUAGUGCUCUCACAGGACACAUUCUUGCAUUCCAUCUGUGCUACUUUUUAAUUGUCGUAUAUGUACAUACAGUAUAUGCCAGAUGGAUGCUUUUGGAAAGUCUUGCUGAUUUUCAAUGUCCUAAACGCCACGUGGGAUGCUGGGUCAAGUUAAAAGUUUGAAAAUCAAAUCUCGAGAUGCAUUCUGCUUGUGAGGUUUGUUGAGGCGCCCUGACUGCCCUCAGCUGAGGCUCAUAAAAACAUGAAGUACUUCAAGCUUGAAUUGGGCUGUGUCUAGAAGGUAACACCCCAACAGCCUUGUCUCGCAAGUCUCAUUCACUGUUACUAAGGUUAGGUUUGGGGUAAGCUUAAGGGUGCUUUCACACUUGGUUCGAUUGCUUGGACCGAACCGAGUUAGUUUCCUCCCCCCUCCGCCUAACCCCGCUGGUCUCUAUUCAAAACGUAUUUUUUGGGUCCGAACCGCGGUCAGAUUACAUCAUCAACAUAAGUACAAGUGGCAGCUGUUUACCACUGUAUCUAGGACUAGGUAACACCUCAAGAAGAUGUCACUGUGUUAAGUGAAGUAACAAAGUUUGUCUCUUUGGAUUUACCACGAAAACUUGCCAUGCACAGAACAACACUUGUGUUUGUCUCCCGCAGAUGCAUUGAAUGUGCAAUGAUGUGAUGAAUAUUAACAUUUGUCUGCCGCGAGCCCGCGGAUGCCUUGCAAGUGAUGUGAAGAAUGUGAGCUGCACUCUGAAGGUGGUGUUUUUGGACACAAACAGGUAGGAGAAAUGCAUUACACCAUAACAAUUGCGAACGGGAGCCUGCAAAGACGCAAAUUAACGUCAUCACAAGCGGUUCACUUACAUGAUAUGUUACGAUUGUGUUCAUAUCAGCAGUGAGCCGUACUGGAGUUCACAUGAACCGUACCCCAGACCACCUUUUCAAGCAGACCAAGGGGAAGAAUGUGUGUGUUCUUAUGCUACUGUGUGUUCCCCUCUCCAUGAUGGACAUUCCUGGUCCUUGCAAACAUUCCAUAACCAUGGACCACCUACUUCAACUAAAACAACUUAUUACUAACCAGUUGCGGACUGGCUGUUCAAUCACAUAUACGUUCAUUGAAAGGAAGCACCUGAGUGUGGUGUGUUAUGUGAAAGCCUCUUUGCCAAGGGUGCUGGAAUUGUUUCAGUUCCACUUCAAAUACUUGCAAGGAUCAAGCAGUGCUCAAGCAGUGGUCUCCAUCCAGAACCUCAUUCUCAACAUCUACUCGCAACACUGCAUACCUUCACUAAAUGAAGAACUGGAGGAGGACCCUGUGGCAUUUGAGAGGCAGUACAAUGAGUCUCCUGUCCAGGCACUACAAAGAGUAGAGGAGGUCCUGUCCCUCUACUUGCACCUCAUCACAACCACUGACACUUCUCUUAACUGGACCUGCGAACAAGAGUACAGUAGCAACACACCCCCUACUAUAACACAGCUAACCACUAGCACAGAGACUGCGGUGGGGUUAUUCGAACAAGAUUCUCAGAGGUCCUCUAGCGAUGAUUUCUACAGGCUGGCCUUCAUUGUGGUCUCCAUCUGUGGAGGAUUUCUCACUCUACUUACCGUCUACUGCCUCCUCAAGAGAAAGAAACUGCAGCAUCAACUUCACAGAGCAAGAAUAUCAUCAGAAUGAAGGCCAUAUGUCCAACCCACAAUGGUUUGGCUCCCACCUCUCCACUGAUUUCUAACUGAUCUGAUGGUUUUAUCUGGAUACCCAAGAGACCAUAAACAGUGAAACAGACUGUCUUGCUCCUCAGGAAGGCAACAACGACAUCACCAUUUGUCUGAUUUUUCAAGAACAUGUGCAGUAUUUGUACAACUGUGUACAUAUGCAAAUAUGGAGUAUUAUUACAAACAAAUAUUUCUGAACUACUGGAUAAGUCUACUAGUCAUAGGAUUGCAUGUAGAAUAUUGCUAACGGCAAUCCACAAUGCAACUAAAAACUUAAAAACUAGACUGGAAGAAAAAGGAAAAUCAGUAUCAUAAUAUGUAUACAAAGUUGAUUUCAUUAGAGCUAUGCAAUGUUGGUUUCAGAUGUUCCAAAUUCAGUUGUCAUCAUACUAUAAUGCGGUUAUUGUUCAUAUGUGAGCUGUAUGUUACAGUAAAGUGGUAAUUGUUUAUACUGAACAAUUUAAUUCAGUUUCAAUUAUAAAGUAAAAAUAUAUUUUCAAUGUAAAGAGGUCAAAGGGAUAGUUUACCUGAAAAUGUAAUAAUUCUCACAUCAUUUACUCAGCUCUGUAGGUCUUUUCAAUGCAAGUGAAUAGUGACCAGAUCUCUGAAGGCCUAAAAAUCAUAUAAC